AUGUAUAUGAAACAAUUGCUCAUGAGUACUACAAAAGAUAUAAGAUUACCAUUAGGCUAUGACAAAACAAUAUAUAAUCAGCAAGAACAACGGAAUACAAUGCAGCGUAAUGGUGGAGGUGGUACGAGUCAACAACAAGUGACAGUAGAAGCAAAUAACGCAGAUAAAGAUGGAGGUGAAGAUGAAGAACAAAAUGUCGAUGAUGAACAAGAGGAAACCAGAGAAGUAAAGUCAUUACAUAAGGUAAUUACGUUAAUAUCAUUUCUUAUGGACUAA